CUUUGAAACGACGACCCUACCUUCACCAAAAACCCGUCUCUUCAACGUCUCUUGAUCAUUUGUUAAGGCGGUCGUCGUCGAGCAAUCACAAUGGGGCUCUUUAUCCUCGAGCCCAACCUCCCGCCGGGUUCGCAUGUUCCGGGCACGACCCGCAUGCUCGACCACAAUUUCAGAGACCCUGAGUUGGUCGAUGCCUCGGUAGCAGGUCUCAAACACGGUACCGGUCGCGAUGCAGACGUCGUACUCGUCCCACAACCCAGCGAGGACCCGAAUGAUCCAUUGAACUGGAGUUUGCCCUAUAGGGAUUUUGUGUUGUUUGUCUUAUGUACGGCGAGUGUCAUCGCCGCAGUCUCCUCGCCGAUCUUGGCAACGAAUUCGCUCCUACUUGUCUUCAAAUUCGGGCAUACAUUUGACGAUAUCGCGGCGCUGACGGGGUACAAUGUGCUUAUGCUUGGUUUGGCUGCGCCAUUCUACUCCGCCUCCUCCAGGGUCCUCGGGAAGCGUCAUGUGUAUCUUUUGGGAACCAUUCUCUUAUUCGCUGGCUGCCUUUGGUCAUCAUUGGCAAAUUCGUACAAAUCAUUUCUGGGAUCACGCAUCCUUCAGGGUGUCGGCAUCUGUCCGUUCGAAUGUCUGUUGUACACCACCAUCGGAGACUUAUAUCACGUUCACCAGCGUGGAACAAGGGUGGCUCUCAGCACGAUGGCGCUGUUCGGGUCAACAUUUCUUACACCUGUCGUCACAGGGAAGUUGACGAAGGAUCACGGCGGGAACAUUCAUUGGCCGUUCUACCUUUUGAGCGGAUUUGCAGGAUUGGCUAUGGUCGCCGUUGCGGUCCUCGUUCCAGAGACUAUUUUUGUGAGAGACAAGGCUUACGACACCGAUAUUGUCACUGAGGAGCAUCUCAAAGCAAGUACAGAGCAAAGUGCUGUUGUACAAGAACAGUCCGAGAAGCCUGGCAUAACUGCCACGGUUACCGCGCACCGGCAGGGAUCUGAUGCAAGCCUCCAAACGCAACGCAAGUCUUACUUGCAGAGUCUUCGCCUCUUCACUCCCUUGUGCUUACCCCUCCGCUUCUUCACCUUCCUCAUCCGCCCCCUUCCUCUCCUGUUCAUGCCUUCCAUCUUCUGGGGUUGCCUCUCCUCAGGAAGUAUGAUCGCCUGGACGGUGAUGCUCAGUGCCAUCGUCGCAGAGCUAUUCUCAUUACCGCCGUUGUGGUUUGACGAAGCAAAGGUGGGAUACAUCUACGCGAGUCCCUUCACUGGUGCUGUAGUGGGCCUAGUGGUAGCCGGUAUGUUGAGUGAUUGGAGCGUCAAGUAUCUCACGAGGAAGAACAACGAUGUUUAUGAGCCGGAAUUCAGAAUUCCCUUGAUGGCGGGCAACCUCAUUAUCGGCUGUAUGGGGUUGUUUGGGUUCGGCUUGUCGAUGAAGGCUGGUGACAACUGGCCAGCACCGACCAUCUUCUUCGGCUUGAUGGUGUUUGGUCUCAUCCUGGCGAGCACUUCAUCUCUCGCUUACCUCAUCGAUGCUCAUAGAGACUUGUCGACGGAGAUCUUCGUCUGCUUGCUGUUGUUUAAGGGACUGCUGAGCUUCGGUCUGACAUUGGUCGCAUAUGACUGGGUGCUGAAGCGAGGUGUGAAGGAGAUUUGUGUGGUCAUGGGAUGUGUUCAGAUCGGGAUAUGCCUAUUGUCCAUUCCCAUGUACGUGCUGGGCAAGAGGAACAGGGCAUGGAUGGCGAGGAAUGACGUGCUGAAGAGCUUGAAGCUGAAGUAAUCAUAAUACCCUUGAUAUCCUAAAGUCUAAUACGACUUAUACAAACAGUUCAGUCAGGGUAG